AUGGUAUCGCAUAACAAUGUAUUGCCAAAUGUUCACCUUCACAAAUGGUGGCAAAGAUAUGUAAGAGUAAAAUUUAAUAAGAAUAUAAAAAAAGAAAAAAGAAGAUUAUUGAGAGAAAAGAGAAGAAGAGAAAAUGGAGGUACACCUAUCGAAAAAUUACAUCCUAUAGUACAUUGUCCAACACAGAGAUAUAAUUUUAGAACGAGAUUAGGAAGAGGUUUUACUGUUGAAGAAUUAAAAGGAGCAAAAUUAUCUAUAAAUGCUGCAAGAAGUAUAGGUAUAUGUGUUGAUAAAAGAAGAAAAAAUAGAUGUGAAGAAACAUUAAAGAAAAAUAUAGAAAGAUUAGAAAAAUAUAAAAAAAGUCUAGUCAUGAUUCCAUUAAAAAAAUAUAACAGCAAAAAAGGUAUUGGUGGUAUACCUGAUGAUUCAGACAAGAAAGUUAUUAAAGAAUUAAAGAAAAAGAAGCAACUACGCAGUAUAUUUAAAAAUGAGAGAAAUACUAAGCCAUUCUAUGAAACUAUUGAAUUAUCUAAAAUAGAUAAAAAUUAUUUAGCUUAUAAAACACUACGCAAAGCCAAAUUGACAGAAAGAAGAAAAAAUAGACAACAACAAAGAAAAGAUAUAAAAGCAAAAUCUAAAGAUAAUUAA